AGGAGGUGAAGCUCCUGGCUGUGUGCACCAGGCUGGAUGCACAGCUCCCAUUCUAUGGCUUGACCAGGAUCAAGUUGAUUUUUGGAUAAAGUUGCCAAUAUCCCAUCUUGCCAUUGAGGCUCAAAGAUAGAAGAUUAAAUCAUGGGCGUACGACUCCAACCAGGUUGUGAAGAGUGAACUGUAAGGAAUGAAGCAACCAGUGAGUCCUGAGCACAUUGUUGACGAUGUUAUGAUGAAUUCAGGAGAUCUUUACACUUACAGUGAUGGGAAAAUACUCAGCAGUGAAUACUUGGGCUAUCAGUUGAACAUUGAGAAGCAGAAUGUAGGACUUGCUCUUUGUGAAGCGUGCAACAUUCAGCUGAACUCGGCAGCACAGGCUGAGGUUCAUUACAAUGGGAGGUCUCACCUGAAGAGGAUAAAACAAGUCAACAGCCAUGUUCCAGUUACUUCAGCUCCAAGUACGUUUGUCACUGACACCAAUACAGGAAGUACAUGCCAUGCCAGCACACUUCCUGCAUUUUUGCGGACACCUACUCUGAUGAUGCAGCCAUCACUUGAUUUUAAAUCAUUUAUACCUUUUCCAAUGGAUACUGGCUCUGCUGUUGGACUUUUCCCAAAUUUCAACACGAUGGAUCCCGUGCAGAAAGCAGUCAUCAACCACACAUUUGGCGUUUCAGUUCCACCUAAAAAGAAGCAAAUUAUUUCAUGUAAUGUCUGCCAACUCAGAUUUAAUUCGGAGAGCCAAGCCGAGGCGCACUACAAAGGCAGUAAACAUGCCAAGAAGCUCAAAGCACUGGAGGCCACGAAAAAUAAGCAGAAAACUGCUUCUACCAAGGACAGCACAAAGGCUAUCACCACCUCCACCACAACCACUGCAAUCACUCCCAACAGCUCUGAGAAAACAGAUGCGGUCAGGCUGGCAUUCAACAGUGUAACUGUGAAUAAUCUACUAAUACAUACGAGUGUUGGCACUGUACAGCCUAAAUCCGCUUCCAUUGUCGGGGAAACUGCAAGUAUGAAUGAGCAUGCAAGAAAGACAGUCAUAUCCCUGGCAGCGGUGAGUGUGGAUGGGAACGCAACCCCUGCCACUGAAUCAGAAGAAGAAAAAGCAAAAAAACUUCUCUACUGUUCACUAUGCAAAGUAGCUGUAAACUCAUUGUCGCAGCUGGAAGCACACAAUACAGGCUCCAAGCACAAAACAAUGGUUGAAGCUCGGAUUGGAGCCGGACCUAUUAAAUCAUAUCCCAGACCAGGAUCAAAAGCUAAACUUCCAAACGGUACAAAGGGUUCAGGAUUGCAAAACAAGACUUUUCAUUGUGAAAUGUGCGAUGUUCAUGUCAACUCAGAAAUUCAACUCAAACAGCACAUAUCCAGCAGGAGGCAUAAGGACAGAGUUGCAGGAAAACCAUUGAAACCUAAAUACAGUCCCUAUAGCAAACUGCAACGUAACUCAACUAUAUUGGCAGCUAAGAUAGCAUUUCAGAAGGAUUUAAUAAAACCAUUGCCACCUGGUUUUCUUUCAAAUCCUUUUGCUGCUGCAACUAUGACCUCUCCACUUUCCCUCCACCCACGUCCUGCUACCUCGCUGUUCCAGACGGCAUUAACACCUGCCCUAUUGAGGCCAGCACCUGGACCCAUUCGCGCAUCACCUGGGUCAUUUCUCUUUGCACCUUAUUGAUGCUUUCUUAUCGAGGGACAACACGAGGCCAGCAGAGAUAGGAAAACAAACAACUUAUUUUUCUUCCUUGUAUUUGUCCAUGCUGUGAAAUAUACAGAUUGACACCAGCUCGUAGCAUCUCCAUGAACAGUUGUGAUCUCAGUGCUGGUGUGAUAUGACUCUUAAUUAAUUUACCAACACUGGGUUGUGUUUGCAAGGGAACUUUUAUGGAGUUAGUCCUUACAGUCUAUAAUUGUUUUUAUUUGGAAUGAGUCUGUCCACAGAUGGAAUCCAUCUACAGGCAAACAUUAAAUAUCUGUUGCUACAGACUUAACAUCAAGAGUCUUCCUAAUAAACAGAGGUAUAAAAAAUAUAUAAAUGAAUAUCUGGUACAUAAUGUAAUGCAUUAUGUGGUGAAUUGUGAAUUCCUUAUGAACUGCGUCUGUAGUUUAAAACAACGUUGUGAUGUCAGGGAUUGUGAAAUGGCUGUUACAGACCUGAAUACAACACUGUUGUAACUUGUAUAGUGAUAGAAUUGUUCAGGUCUGAUUUAAAACUCUAAUGGUAAUUUAUGUUUAGUUGCAGUGUAGUUGCUUGCAGAUCUAUACACAGCACUCUGCAGACUUUUUUUGUUAGCUUUUCUUCAUUUAACUUCUUGUUUACAUUUAACACCUCAGUAAGUUCAUAACUUGCAGAUAGCACAGCCUCAUGAGAUAUAGUUCAAAUUAAUAUGGUUUCAAUUUUGCCCUGUGAUAAAUUUGUUUUAAGUUGUUUGGUAGCAUUUUUUGCCAGUUUUGCUGCUAAAUGAUGUGAAAGAUGCGUUUAAAGUAUCAGCUCGGUGUAUUGCACAAUUCAUAAUGAUUCUCUAGCAGAACUUUUUAAAGAAAGAUAUAGAUCUUUUAUUUUACACAAUCAGAAAUUUUCUUCUGAUCACAGAAUUCUUCCAUUGUUAUGUUUAGCUGUAAUGUUGCUGCAUUAAUUUGUAGCACUUCAAUGCAAUAAUGUACAGAAAGUAAAUAAUUUUAGAAAAAAAACAACAUAAUUUUAGGCUUUACUGAACAUGUUGCAAUACCAUCUGCCUUGAAAAUAAAGGCUAACGAGAUAUGCAGUGCACAAGCAAAAUGUUGCUGUUUCUAUUUUUUGGUACUUGGGGAAAACGAGUAAUAAUGGGGUAUAUCAAUCAACUGUUUGUAAAAUGUCUUUGGCUUAAUGAAUGUUAAAAUGAAACUGUCACUGUACCAUUUGAGGAACAAAGAAUUUUCCUUAUAAACCUU